UUAUGUAAUUACACUGAUAAUCACAGUGACGGAAUUUAACUGCCUUUAAUUUGUUAUUCAGGUGGAGACGGAGGGACUGCGGAUGGAGCAGCCGGGCUGUGUUUCUGCACUGCUCAGACACCAGAAGAGCUGCAAGAGUCUGCAAAUGAAAGCAAAUAAAAUGAAGAGCCGAUGGAUACUUUCUGCUUCUUUCUCCAUGUGCGUCCUGAGGAGGCAUGGAUGGCGCGGAUUUAUCUUCUCCAUCACAUGAUUUUUUUUCCAAAACUUCUUCGGACCCAGCCCCAGCGUCACCAAUCGGCUUCCCUCUUGGAGAGAGUGGACCAAUCAGCGACAGUCUUUGAUGAAUAUUCAUGAGUCCGAGAUUCAAACCUUUGAGCGAGUUUGUCUUGGUCCACAGCAUCAUUCCUAGGACUUUUCACAGGCACAAACUACAUUUUCUUAUGAAUGGAAAGAGAAAAAAUCAGUUCGGCUUAAAUUGGGACCCAUCCUUCACUGAGAUCAUAGAAGGAAAACAACAAAAGCAAGACAAGGGGGACCGCCAGAAGAGAUGACAAUGACUACGAUUCCAGAAAGUCUUAAUAGCCCCGGCUCAGGAAAAACCGUUUUCAUGGAGUUUGGACCCCCGAGUCAACAAAUGUCGCCUUCCUCCAUGUCUCACGGACAUUAUCCCAUGCACUGUUUACAUUCUGCAGGUCAUACACAGCACGACAGCUACAGUCCAGCCUCGUCGUUUCCCAGAUCUUUGGGUUAUCCAUACGUGAACUCGGUCGGCAGCCAUUCCACCAGUCCAUAUCUCAGCACAGUACAGACUUACCAAAACAGCUCGGGACUCACACAGACGCGUUUAGAGGACGCAGCGCCAGAAACAGAGAAAAACACAGUGGUCGAAGGCGGAGAGGUUCGAUUCAACGGGAAAGGCAAAAAGAUUAGGAAACCAAGGACUAUAUAUUCCAGUUUACAGCUUCAAGCUCUGAACAGGAGAUUUCAACAGACUCAAUAUUUGGCGUUACCGGAGAGAGCGGAGCUCGCUGCGUCGCUGGGUCUCACCCAGACACAGGUAAAAAUUUGGUUUCAGAAUAAACGGUCCAAAUUCAAGAAACUGAUGAAGCAAGGCGGUGGCACAAUUGACACCAACGCUUUGGCCACUGGCCGCGGACUUUCGAGCGGCUCCCCCUCGGUGACACCUGUCUGGAGCUCGCCGACCACCGUGAAGACUUCAGUGGGCACAACCGGAUCUUACAUUCCCAGCUACACCUCAUGGUAUCCAACCACGCACCAAGAGUCUAUGCAACAGUCACAGCUCAUGUGAACACAGACUUCAGCGUCAGGAUGUAGAAAAGCCCUGCAGGCGCCAUGCGCGGCUCAGCAUUGAUAAUGCACAACAACAAUCCCGGAGUUUGCUGCUGCUGCUGCAUCCCGCCAGCUGACACAGAGGCCUCCUCAUACUGGAAGACGGCGAGCAGAGAAGAAGAAGAAGCAGCAGGAGAAGAAGAUGAAGAAGGGAGCUGAAAAGGCACUCAAUGCGCCCAAGGGCACAAGUCCGUGACAGUCCGUGACAGCGGAGAUCGUAGACAAAAGGAUCCUUUUUUGGCUGCUGUUGAUCACUUUUAUGUCAGUUUCUAUUUUUUAACUCAUAUUUGUGUGAACAAUUCUGUUGUUGAGCUGUAGGCUACAUGUUUAUUAGAAAAACACGUGUUUGUUUAGGCCAGAUGUUGGGCCCAAGGUGAUGAUGACCUAAAAUCAAUCUGCAUCUAAUGACAGUUAAAGGCUAAUUAGGCUGUACAGGCCACAGCAGUGUUUCUUUAACCAAAUAAUUCAUUCUAAAUCCCACCGGUGACCAUCAGGUCAUUACGCUUACAGCACAUUCAACCACAGAGCAUACUGUGCUAAGCCUCGAGUUGCUACUAUGUUGUUUCUAUGUGUUUGUUAUUUAAGUUAAAUUAUUCAGACUAGUUUUUCUGUUGAGGUCAGUCUGUGUUCAUUUUGUAAGCGUGUUUGAAACAACAACACUGUGUUGUUAAUGCUGCACUAACGCAAGCAAAGCUUUUCUAUGCCGUGCCCCGAUGUUAUGUGAAAAAUGUAAAAGGCCUGACGAUUUGCUGCUUCAGAAAAAAAAAGAAUCUCGUGAGGGUGAGCAGCUCAUUUGUCACUGUAUUUUGUACAUAACUUUCAAAGAUUUGUUUUUGUGCUGUACUGGAUACGCUGUGAAACAGGGUUUAGGCUUUGUGUAUUCGUCCAAAUGUGUUUAGUCAAUAUAGAAAAUAUUUAGUUUUGUAUUGAUCACUUUAAUUUAUUUAUCCGUUUCUGAAGUUUAUGUACAUAAUGUGCAAAGUUUCAAAAAGCAGUAAAAUAUGAUUUAAAUUA